GAGUGGCAGUCAGGCCUGGGUUCCAAUUUCUGCAUGGCCCCUCUAGGUAUGUGGCCUUGGAAUUCCCUCAGAGUCUUUGUGACCUUGGGGGUAGACUAAAGAUGACAGUAACCAACCACUUCCUCCCCCAAGGUAUUCUGCACAGUACCUGCCUCGUGGCCAGAUCCCUGGCUUGGGAGAUAGCAGCCCCCAUGUGUCCUUGCCCGAGCCCAGCCACGCUCCUUGCCUCGUUGUUCUCUGCCUGUGAAAUGGAGCUCUGUUGGCUGGAGCUGGGGUCCCCCCAGAGGAGGUGCACACGUGGUGUCUCCUGGGGGAAGGGAGGAAACGGGAGGGGUGAGGUGUCAGGUCCCCAUUGGUCUGGGCCAGGCGUUCUGGGGAGGUCCCCGCUGCACACACCAGUACAUUUACAUCCAACCACAGCCCAUGCUCACUGAGCCGGCUCCACAAACCAUGAGGCUGCCACUGCCGCUGCUGCUGCUACUGCUGGGGGCUUGGGCUAUCCCAAGGGGCCUUGGGAACAGGGAUUCGCUCACAGCCACUGCCCCAGAGCUGGACGAUGAGGAGAAGUAUUCAGCGCAUAUGCCCACUCACCUUCGCUGUGAUGCCUGUAAGGCGGUGGCCUACCAGAUGUGGCAACAUCUGGCAAAGGCCGAGGCCAAGCUUCACACCUCCGGGGGGCGUCAGCAGCUGAGCGAGUCGGUGUAUACAGAUGUCCUGGAACAGAGCUGCUCCCAGGCCUGGCAGGACUACGGGGUCCGAGAAGUGAACCAGGUGAAGCAUCUCAUGGGCCCGGGACUUGACAGUGGGCCACAGCCAAGCGUCAGUGUGAUGGUCACAGGGGGCCCCUGGCCUACCAGGCUCUCCACGACGUGCUUUCACUACCUGGGGGAGUUCGGAGAAGACCAGAUCUAUGAAGCCCACCGACAAGGCCAGGAGGCUCUGCAGGCAUUGCUGUGUGGAGGCCCCCGGGGGGUCUGCCCAGAGGAGGCACCAGUCACAAGGGCAGAGCUUUAGUCCAACACCUGCUUCCCGUGGUGGGCAGCCCCUGGAGACGGAGAGGAGCUUCUUCUGGAUCUGCCCCCGUCCUCUCUGCAGGCCGCGGAGGACGAGAACUGGCUCGUCUAGGCUGCCGCUCUCUCUGCUCCUUCAGCUUGGGGGCGCUGGGGCUUGGGCGGGGGGCCAAGGCCUUCCCCUCUGGACUCAAAUAAAACUCAGUGACCUCAA